AUGACGAACUUCCAAGGUGACCCCGAGGCUGACGUUCUUCUCAGCAGGGAGCACAGUCGGGUCAAAAUCGAAUCUUCUGUGGACCGACGUCGAUGGCACCUUUCAAGAUUUCUUUGCUGGUCCGCUUUGAUCACCCUGCUGCUGUUCGCACUCGGCGCUUUCAGCCAUGAAUACUCUUUGUUGAGCAUCGAACCCUCUCCACACACAGUUCCAGUACACACCUGCGGCUCUACAGUCCCCGAAGCAAAGGCGAAUGGCUGCGUUUUUGAUGUCAUGGCAUAUGGCUGGGUCCCAUCCCAGUGCUAUAACGGCGACCUCGUCAGCACGUACAACGCAUAUAGUAUGAGCCCUUGGGCAUUCGACAAGAACCUCACCAAGCCAGCGUCCGAACAAGUGCUUAUGGCUGGAGAGAGGAGAAUUCUCUACACGGACUUACGAUUCCACCAAGAACACUGCUUCUACACAUGGCAUAAUCUGCUACACAGCGUCGAGCAUCAACGACCGCUGAUACACAACUUGUCGGCGUCAACCGAACACCGACACCACUGCAAGGGACUAUUCUUGCAUGGAGAAGCGCCAACAGGCCCUGUCGCACCAGCAUUCUUCCAUUGUGUGGACAUGGAAGAGCCGUUCUUGCUUCGAGAACACAUGUAUGAGUAA